UUGUUGGUAUGGGGAGGCUGCUGCUGAAGUUUCAAAAGUUGGAGGUUUGGAAAAAGAGAGCAGCUUAAAUCUCGUAAACCUCAUUGGAGGCUCCGUAAGAGCAGACGGUUGAAGAAGACGAAGAAGAAGAAGAAGAAGAAGAAGAAACAGCCAUGGCCAGUAGUUCUGGAUCAGCGAGCUUAGAAGAUGUCCCUUCCAUCCAUCUCAUGACCGAGCUCCUCCGUCGCAUGAAAUGCGCUUCAAAACCCGACAAGCGCCUCAUUCUCAUUGGUCCACCUGGAUCGGGAAAAGGCACCCAAUCACCAAUCAUCAAGGAUGAAUACUGCUUGUGUCACUUGGCUACUGGUGAUAUGUUAAGAGCUGCUGUUGCUGCUAAAACUCCUCUUGGUGUUAAGGCUAAGGAAACCAUGGACAAGGGUGAACUCGUGUCUGAUGACUUGGUUGUUGGCAUCAUUGAUGAAGCAAUGAAGAAGCCUUCAUGUCAGAAAGGUUUCAUUCUUGAUGGAUUUCCUAGAACUGUGGCCCAAGCACAGAAGCUGGAUGAGAUGCUAGAAAAGAAGGGUGCUAAAAUUGAUACGGUGCUUAACUUUUCAAUCGAUGACGCGAUAUUGGAGGAGAGGAUUACUGGACGAUGGAUACACCCAUCCAGUGGAAGGUCUUAUCACACAAAAUUUGCUCCUCCGAAGAUUGCUGGUGUUGAUGAUGUAACGGGAGAACCUUUGAUUCAACGUAAGGAUGAUACUGCAGCAGUUCUCAAGUCUCGGCUGGAGGCUUUCCACAAGCAAACAGAGCCGGUGAUUGAUUACUAUUCCAAGAAGAAAAUUGUGGCAGAUCUUCAAGCAGAGAAGCCUCCCACACAGGUAACAGAACAGAUUCAGAAACUGCUCUCAUCCUAGAAAUGGAUGCAUCAUUUUUGGUCUUCACAGAAACCAUUGGUGCCUUUUAACAUUUAUUGAUGUUAUAUGGUCAAAUCUUCCGACUUUGUUAGAUAACCUCAUUUGUUUUACAAACCGAAGAUACACAGUGGUUGUCAACUUUUCAUUACAGAUUGUACUAAUCCUAUAAAAUAAGAAUAAUUAUCUUUCAUGGGCAUUUGAGUGAUCCAUUUGAUCAUAAAAUUUAAAUUAUUAGUGCUUAUCGUGUCA